GUCACAUACUUUGUUGAGCAACCGAGAAAAAACCCCCUCCUUCACCCCCUAAUCCCCCCUGACCAUUAAAUGAUGAGUGUCUACUACAGCAUUCUUAUCAUUUAUUUGUCUUAUAUAUUCAGUGAUUCUUGUGGUUGAUUGUUGUUGUGAAACUUGUCUGAAGAGAAAUUUUCAGUAAAUAUAAAGUAAAUACGGAAUGUUGGUUUAUAGUUCUUUUCACAUCGAACUUGUUGAAAAUCUAAUUUUUGAAAAUAAUCCAUAGUUUUUGAAGAUUUAAAAUCCGAUAGUGUGUAAGCUAGUUAAGAUGUCUUAAGUACGAUCAAGAUUCAGGAUACGAAGUGCAUCUGAUAAAGGCGCCAUUAAUACGUUCUUUGUUUGUUGUUCCGUUAUUUGUAGUAAUAACGACAUACUAACCAAAUAGGUUAUAUUAUAAGUGUAGUGAAGAAGAAAGGAAGAGACAAAAUACUGUGCGAGAGAAAUUAGUUUGGAUUAUUUACAGUUCCCAUUGUCAUAUAUUAUUCAUUACAAAUAUAGAAAGAAAAUGAGAUUGGAAAAGGAUUUGGUUAUUCGUAGAAGCAGACCAACAAUGAUAUCAGCUAAAUAUCGAGCUAGAGAGGAGCGCCGCAGACUUAUGAAAAUAUCAGCUAUUAAACUAAAGCGUAUAGAAGAUCCUGAAACAAGUUUAUGUAGAUCAGUUUUAAUAAAUAAUGCAGUCAGAAGAUUACAACAUGAAAAUCGAGAUGAGAAAGCAAGGAAUUUGAAUCUACCAGUUGUUUCUUAUCUCCAUGGUUCAUCUAAAGAAAACAACAUCUCCAGAAACAUUCUUAUUGAUGUUGUGGAUAGUAAUAUUUCACCAAGAAAAAGGUUAAGCGAUACCGAAAGAACUGACAAUUCGAAGAGGCAAAAAGAUAGUGAUAUUAAUCUUCAAGAGGACGUAUUCAGUGAUUUUUAUAUCCUUCCCUCGUCACCAAGAUUAUUGCCUCAAUUCGAUAAUAUGUCAGAAACGCAAACGUCAGAUUAUAGACCGAUUGAAUUAUUUGAAAAUAGACAUAGCAUUGAAACUUACAAUUCUAGUUACAAUCCUGUCUACAACAGUCACAGUACUAAUUUAGAUAAUUCCGUAUUUACUUCUUUAAAUAAUUCUCCAAGAAAUAAUAACGUUGACAUAAUGGAUAUUAAUGAAAUUGAUUCGGAAAGAAUUUGUGGUUAUGCAAGAUUCACUGAUUCAUCAAAAACACUUGAAGAGCAUUUAGUCGAGCUACAAACUUUAGAUGAUCAAUUUGAUUUAACAAAAUUCGAGCGUAAUAAUAAUCAAAGUUGUGGUAGAGCUUUCCAUGAUAUUCAAACUUUUCAUAGUCUUGUACCAGGAUUGGAAACUUAAGAAUUUGAACAAUUUGGAACGAUUUUACCAUAUUCUAUUAAUAUUUCACCAAGUGAUAAAUUCAUGAUACAAUAUUAAUUAGAAAUUAUUUUUUUGAUCUAUACUUAAAGCAAUUAAUUAAUAUAAUCAUAUUAACCAAUUUUAAUUUUAAAUAAUAAUUGAUGCAAUUAAUUUAAUUAUAUUAUUAUACAGUUGGCAUUUUACAAUUGGUUAAUGUUAAAUAAGUAAAGCCCAUGAAGCUUCCUAAGUGGAAAAAUCACUUCCGUUUUGAAAUAAAAUCGUUCAAAAUAACAGUAAAUAGUUACAGCAUAUAUAAUAAAUAAAAAAUACUAUUAUUUUGUAAAUCUAUAAAAAUAUAAUUAAAAUCUUUUAAUUUAUAAUACAAUACCAAUCUAUUUUUGAAAUCUGAAAAGGAGUAUAGUUUUAUUUGCCAGUUGGAAAAUAAUUUUUUUUUACUAAUUUUCUUUUUAGUCAUAAAAAUGAGUCAAUACAGACGAGAAAAAUGUUGACAUUAUUAUAAAAUUAAAUUUUUCAGAACACAAAAUGUAUUGCCCGAAAAAUUAUUCUAAGAAUUUAAUACAGAUAAGAUAAUUUUUUAAGCUCUAAUAAUAAAUAUAAUGGAACGAAAAGCCAUGCACGAUUUGCAAUGUCUGUUAUGCUAUUAAAGAUUAAUAAAGUUAAAGAAAAGUUUUAUUUGCACAGUUUCAAUCUAAUGUAUAAGAUACUCAAUUUUUAAGAUUAAAAUGCGCAUAAAUAAUAUGAAAUCGUUGAAUUUGUAUUUUAAAAGGUUUAUGUCUAUGGCAUUUGUGAAAAAAAACUUUUUUAAAUGUCUUUCAAAUUAGGGUAACUGCACCAGUGGUGGAUCAGUUAAGCCCCUUAACUUUCUUAUUUUGACUUUGAAGUUCUGUAUAGGUUGCUUUUAGACAAAUUCGAGGUUAUUCUUUAUAGUAUUAUGGACCAGAUAGUUCCAAUAGACAUUUCCUUCAAGGUUAGAUUUGAUUUUGACACCUACGUUUACUUUAAUGCUCCAUCAAAGAUAAUUUGUCAAUGAUCCUAUUCUGGAUCACUGUUUGCACCAGUCAUGGUUAUAGAUUGCUCCAGUGGUGGAUCACUUAAAAAAUCAUACUAAAAAACAUUGCAUUUCAAAAUUACGAGACUGAGACGUUUUGCAACUUUUAUAAGGCUUUACGGACAGAUUUUCAAAUUCACUUUCCUAUCCAUAUCCCCUCCUCUUUCAUUUCUAUAGGUAUAAUGUGACUAAAUGUUAAUUAAUCAUCUUUUUAUUAGAAUUUUUGCUAAUAAAUAAAUAGAAACUCUUAAAGCUUCAGUUAACAAUUAAUAAACAUUUGAAUUAGUGUUAACUAAAAUUUAACUCAUAAAAUUUUCAAUAAAACAAUGCGUCAACAGGCGAAAAGUAGGACUGAUCCACCACUAGAUUUUGUUACUUUUUUGGUUCCAGUCGUGGAUCACCCCAAAACAAUGGACACGCGCUACUUACAGACGUAAAUAUUGUUCUCAGGGCUCUAUGGGGAUGAAACGAAAUGCCUCCUAUUGUGAAAAGAAUUAAAAAUUGUCCUAAAAUGGCUCCAAAGCUUUCUAUUCCAAAAUAUACUCUUAACUUACAUGCUAAGGAAAACUCUUGUUUUCUGUCACCACUUUAGUAAUUGUUGUCCUGCUUUCUUCGCGAUGAAUUUAAAAAUUUUUUUAAAUUGUAAUAUUGAUCUGUAUAACUUUCUUAACAAUUACCGACA